AUGUUACAUCGGUUGCCGGCUGAGUUACGACUGAUCAUUCUAGAAAAUUGUGAUUUAUUGUCGCUUAUUCACCUUCGACAGGUUUCAACCUACUAUAAAUGUUUGGCUGAAGAGGAGUUGCGCACUCGUAAACGACUCGAUGUGAACGCCGAUUAUUUGACGGUCUUUUCGGAUCACCUCAGCUCCUCAGUUGAUACUCAUCAUGAGAUUUCUAUGGAGAAAUUGAUCGACUUCCUCGGUGCAUAUAUGCCACAAUUGUGUGAACUCUCACUGCGAUAUUGUCCCGUACUGCUAACAUUGAGCAGUCUCAUUAAGGUGCAUACGAGGUUGUUACUAAAUUGCUUAAGAUAUUGCUAUUGGCAUGCAUUUACUGCAUACGAAAAGCAUGUCGUCUACGUUUAG